UAAUUCUUUUAAUUAUCGACUAGCUAGUACAAAUUAACUAUACCCAAACCUGUAAAUUUCUAGAAAAAUUAUGAUUAAAAAGAUAAAAGCUUUACUAUUUGAUAUGUGCUAAGAUAGUUAACAACAUGCAACAAUUAACAAAACUUUUAUUUCAUGUAAGGUAGACAAUGACAUCUGCCAUACAUAUCUCUUCUUCUUCUUCUUUCUUGACAUACAUAUUAAUUACCUAAUGAAAUCUUAAGCGCUGGCAGUUAACUAUUUGUUUAUAUAGACCGAAUAGUUCUCUUGUUCAAACAAUGAUUCAAAUGAUGUUAUUAGUUAAUUACAUAGAUGGUCCUCUAAACUUUUGUUCGCACAUGUGCCAACAUAAAUUUUCAACAAGAAAAAUAUAAUAUAUAACCACUUUUUGUUGCCAGCAGAGAUCCAUAUUCAAUAUCUGUGUUUUGUCCUAUUAGCAGGCAUUUGUUAAAAACAUUUUUUUUACGUCAUGACUCGUGAGGGAUUCAGACAAUAAACAGCACGAAGUCGUAAGACUGACGAUGAUGCUGGCGUAUUACGUAUAUACCAAGCUAUAUACAAAUAUUUCGAAUCUCUCGAACAUCCAACAUGUACGCCAGAUUUCAUGGAAAACUCAAAACCAUUCGUUUUCUUCUUUGGCUUCUAUUCCUUUUUAACAAAUUGAUGUACAAUUGAUACAUAUACAAACAUUGUACACAUACAUGCUUACAUGUGUUGUUGUAAUCAGAUUCUACGUGUGAAUUUUAACGUCCGACAGCUGCGUAAAUUAUCAGAGCUCAAUAGUUUUCUAAAAUCUUUUUCAUCUUUAAUCUCUCUUCGAAUGUUCUUAAACAUUAUUCUAAAUGAUGUCCAUUCUUAGAAGCCAUAAGUUGUGUUUCAGAAGCGACCAAGCUGACCUCAAGGAAAUACAAAAAUUGACGAAAUAAUUAUAAAAUAAAAAGAAUAAAAUAUAUAAUUACCUAAUGGUUACGUCAUUAUAGCUAUAGUGACACCCAAUAUAUAUUUCCAUUUAUGGUCCUUCUCAUUUCGCGUUGACAUCAACAAAACUCCCACUUUCUCUCUAAUGAAGAAGAUGCAAGGUUUAUGGAACUUUCCUAACGACGACGUUUCGGUAGACCUGACGGUUCCUCCUACAGCACCACCACCGUUAUCCUCCUCCACCGCCUCGACGAGCCUAUCGUUCGAUGAAGAGGAGACUUCAGAGUCCAAGAUCGAACGGUUGAUAUCGGAGCAUCCGGUGCUCAUAUUCACUCGAUCCUCCUCCUGUUGCAUGUGUCACGUCAUGAAAAAGCUUCUAUCGACCGUUGGAGUCCAUCCAACAGUGAUCGAGGUCGACGAAGAAGAGAUAGCUUGCCUCGCUGUUCAAACCGCUCCGGUGCUCUUCAUCGGUGGCGCUUGUGUCGGUGGGUUCGAGUCUCUUGUGGCACUUCACCUUAGUGGUCAUCUAGUUUCUAGACUCGUCGAGGUUGGAGCUCUAUGGGCAUAAGUGUGCUAUUAUGAAAAUAUGGUAACAAAAUCCAUUGUAUAUUUCAUGCUCUACUUUUUUUCUGUUCUUGAUUAUGAAAUGAAACACAAAACUGUUUUAUUUUCCCGUUGUGUAUUUUAAUUUUAUUUUCACUAGUAUGGUUGUUUUUCUUUAGAUUUAUCACGUGUGUGAUAUCCUCCAUCAGUUGCAAAUUAUUUCUGUUU